UAGCAGGCUGCUAUACUCAGCGACACUUCGCAUGCAGGCCACUGCGCUGCUCCCGCCGAUGCAGGCUCCGACUGGCGGCCAGAAUCAGACCAUCGGCCACGUCCAGCACGACCCCCUCCGUGCAUCCGUCUCUCAUCUGCUCUCCAGGGCCUACAAUCUACCCUGCUCGACCGCAGCUCAGGCUUUUGUUUCUCUCGUACAGCCCACUGCGCGGUUCCAGCUGGCCCUUGACGCGCUCUUACCUCUCCUCGACUCAUCCCGAGCGGAGCUGUCCCAAAGGAUCUUGGUCUCUUAUAUACUCUAUGCGCUAUAUGCCCCGCACCCAAUCUCGAUCAACCCGUUUCAUUCGGCUUUGUAUGGCACUUUCGUCAAGGAAAAGCAUGCUGCAGUCCAAGUGGCAUCUACUGGAUCUGCGAGCGACAACGAGCAGCUUGUCUGGGUCCUCUGGAAGGUUCUCAAGGGUGACGGCAACGAUAUUGGACCCUACUCACCCAGCACCCUUGCUCGCUCGCCGUUGCCGCCCAAAUUAAGACCUGCCAACCUGGUUUUGGACGAGGAGACGCAGACAGACAAGGGAUCAUUCGACCCUUUCAGAGACGACUCUCCCUUGUCCGCCGAUGGUACUGGCUCGUCUGGCCCUCAGACUCCGUCGCCCUACAGCAGCCGCUCCCCAGUCACUUCUACGACUUCGAAAGCCUCUAGCGCUGCUAAUGCCACUUACAAGUCUCCCGUGACCACCGAGGAAGAUGAACGCACACGGAUGUUCUCGAGAGGCAUGACGUUACUGCUCGCCGCGCGUGAUCGUGUGCUCACUCUUUCUGAGCAACGCACUCUCAGGCCUUUGUUGCCACAGUUGAUUGAUCCCCCGGUCAUAACGUCGAUGGAUCUUCCAGGUCUCAUCGCCCACAAUCCUAUCCUCGCCCACCCCAUCCUCGUCUCACUCCUUACCCUCCUGCCAUCCAAAUCCAACCCUAACGGCGCCUCCACCUACCUCGACGUCCUCGCCCAACUGCCCCCUACUCUCGCCACGCUCGAUGUCGUGGGCCGAUUGCUGCGGGACACGACGCCCGCCGUGGAUCUGACUACGGGCGGGAAAUCAACGAUCGCGGAUAUGGUAAGGAGCGAGAUGUUGGGGAAGUUCGUGCAGCAGAGCGUUAUGUGGGUAGAUGAGAGGGAGAGGGAAAGGAGGGAGGGUUUGAGUGGGGAUGAUCGGUUUGAGAAGGGGGUGCAGAAUCUCUGCCGCUUUUACAACUCCCUGAUCAAACUGGGUAUCGUGGAUCCCGCUUCGGACGCUGAUUCUGCCGAGAUGGCGCAUUUUGCGUUGAGGCACUCGGCUUUUGAAGACGCGAAUGCGCUCUAUCGCGUCCUCGCUAUGGGGAACGCCUUCUGAUUUCUCCUGACCUAUCGGCUUCAUUUUUAACUUACGGACGGACAAGGAUUGUAAAUUGACUCUCUUUCUCUUUCUCCGGCUCCGACUCUGGUUCCUACUCUUGUCUUGUCUAUACGCGCACAUCAAUUCACUCUCAUAUAUACAUAUGUAUGGUUUUGUAUCAUCACUGACUCCUUCGUGUCCCUCUCCGCGUCUUGUUCCCCUGUCUCUAGUUUUGACUCUCAUUCAACUCAUAAACGCAUAACCUCAUAACCUCAUCAGUAUACUCAUCCUCAUCCCUCUUCCACCGCCCGCCGGGCGUGCGUGUAGAGAUCGUUCUAAUUGACUGCUAUUUUAGACUUCUGACUUCUUACUUUUGUUGUUCGAUGAAUUCAUUUUACUUAUAGACUUCCUUUCCCUUUCUUUCUUUCUGUUUCGUCUCUUCUUUCUUUCGUUCGUUCGUCUGUUGUGGGUUUAGGUCUGGCAUUUGAAGGGUGUUGUUCGUCACGGUAUCCUUAUGGUCGUUUUAGUUUGUCGUCUUACUCGUGUUGUUGGGGUGUUGUUGGUUAGCCUGUUGGUGAUGCCGUGGUAUUUAAAGCCUCAGACCUCCUAUAGUAUAUGCAUAUCCAUGCCUCUUCCUUCUUUUAUUUGUCUGCCCUUAUAGCCCCUACUUUAUGCCCAUGUUUUCAUAUGGACCAUAGUUCUAACUCUGACACUCUACUUAUGCCGUCUUUGUCUACAGUAUGCCUCUCGUGCUCAUGCCUAC